CUGUCUAUCAAUCUGAUGACACCAGCUGGAAAGCUGAGAAUUCGGAUGUUGUAAACAUAACCUUCAUUGAUCGGUCGGGAAACCGGAUUCCUGUGAAGGGGAAGGUGGGUGAUAAUGUCCUGUACUUGGCUCAUGAGAACGGUAUCGAUCUGGAGGGUGCAUGUGAAGCUUCCUUGGCUUGUUCCACCUGCCAUGUGUAUGUGAAUGAAGAGCAUUUCGAUAAACUGCCUGAAGCAGUUGAAAGGUAUAAAUAAUGUUGUCCAGCACAGGGAUUCAUACUGACCUGCUGACCAGCAUUCAGUAUUUGCAGUGUAAAACUUGUGGAGAAUGAGAGAAAUUAGCCCAAAAGCCAGUCAGGGCAGGCAG